AUGUAUCUAAAAUAUUCAACAAUAAAAAGAAAAAUUACCCGUACGCUUUUCCUUCGGCACGUCGAGCGUGCGCUGAGCCUCCUGAGUUCAACAGUUUGGCUUCAUGCGGCAGUUUUCCCGCUUCUACUGCCCGGAAAAGUCCGCGAAAACAUCGAAGAAAACUCGAUCACACAAUGGGCGAUUUCCAAACUUGCAACGGCUCGUAAAAACACUACAAAUGCAGUACAAUCUAACUUUGUUCAAAAUCUCCCUGCUGAACCACUUUUCCGAUUCUUCUGUGCUGAAUUUCUCCGAUUCCGAUCUUCAAGCUAUAUUGGAACAACGAUUGAAUAAAUCGCCGUCGCCCGCUGCCGCCGACGGGACCUUGGAGUUCGAGUGCGGGGGCGCGGCCCUGUGGCGGCUCACCGCCACCUACUCGGCCCACUACCACGUCUACACGUCGAUCCUGGUGUGCGCCUUCGGCAGCAUCGCCAACUGCUUGAACAUCGCCGUGCUGACCCGCAGGGAGAUGUACAACGCGCCCGUCAACCGCAUCCUCAGCGCCCUCGCCGUCGCCGACAUGCUCCUGAUGCUCGAGUACAUCCCCUUCGCCUAUUACUAUCACCGCGAGAAGGGCCGCAAGGACUUUUACUAUUACGGCGCCGUUUUUAUGUUGUUCCACAUGAACUACAGCCAGGUGUUGCACACGGUUUCCAUUUGCUUGACGCUCAGUUUGGCCAUUUGGAGGUUCUUAGCUAUAGGAUACCCGGAGAGGAACCACACUUUAUGCUCCGAAACGAGAUGUUCACUAGCCAUUGGAAUCUCCUAUAUUCUACCAUUAUUCCUCUGCAUACCGAGUUACUACAUCUUCGAAAUAUCCUCGGUGGAUAUAAGAGAAAACGAGCAGAAAUUCACGCUGUACCACACCGAUUUAAAAGAAACCCUAAAAAGCGAUAAAACGCUACUGAAACUAAAUUUCUGGCUGUUCGCCGUGCUGAUCAAGCUCCUGCCCUGCGUCAUCCUGACCCUAAUAAGUGUUUGGUUGAUACGGACGUUGUUCAACGCGAGGAAAAAGCGGCAGGUGUUGCGCGGCUACGAUUCGUUUCCGCUGGCGGAGCGCGGCAGGAGAAAACCGCGGAGGUCGGAGCGCCGAUCGGACAGGACCACCAAGAUGCUGGUCGCCGUUCUGGUCCUGUUCCUCGUCAGCGAGUUUCCGCAGGGCGUGUUGGCCCUGUUCGUCGGCUUCGAGGGGCACGAUUUGUUCCUCAAGUGCUACCAGCGCUACGGCGAGGUGAUGGACAUCAUGGCGCUGACCAACGGCUCGAUCAAUUUCAUUUUGUAUUGCUGCAUGAACAGGAUGUUCAGGUCGACGUUCCGGCAGCUGUUCAGGCCGAGGAUUUUGGACAAGUGGACCGGGAAUUCGUCGGUUAUUCACACGACUGUUAAACGGGACGAUUUCAACUACGUUGUAGAAUUGACCAGACUAUAA